CAGAAGACAAAUGAGGACAACAGCUGCUCAAAGCCCUCAACAGAGGUGGAUGUCCUCUGGAAAUGCCAGACAACAGAAGUUGUAGUGGCUGUAGUAAAUCAAGAAGAGCAGAAACACACAUUUACCCUCCGACACAGAGAAUUUCAGAGUUUGAGGCCUGAUGAACUAGUCAUUGGAGAGGUGAUAGAAUGCUACAUUGGAGCCAUCCUCAAGUCUAAGGAUACAGCUGGCCGACUGUACCACAUGAAUCACUACACCAUGGGUGUAAUAUUGCAUGGCACAAGACAGCAGAUGGCCAGGCAGGGUUUAAAAAAGGUCACAUUUGAUGACUAUGAUGGAGCCAUUGGAUUUGUCAACGUAAACAAUGUGCACUGGAGGUUUGUGUAUCUUCAUAGCCUUUCAAACCAGAUUUUUGUGGUUGAUCCUCUUGAAGGCUCAAAUGAAGUAGAGGACUCCAAAAAGGCUGGCUACAAAUUUGGACAGUACUUUCAGAUGCGUCGGAAUAGACUUGGAAAGGAAGAUUGGGUUAACAUCAAGUGGAAGCCUGGCAAAAUAACCCACACCUUCCAGAAAGAUGCCACCAGUUGUUGGAUCUUUGUCAUGCAGAUGGCCAAGAUGACAGUAAUGGAAUUUCCAAACAUACCACAGAAAUUUCACAUAGAGUCAUCUAAAAAAUCUGUUCAAACUCUAAGAAGAGAAAUUGCAGAAGAAAUUCUAAGGGCUUCAGUGGCAAAGGAUGACUUCUGUUCCUUCUGUGGAAAUAAGGAACUACUGCCAACCACUGCUGAUGCUGUUUGGAUUCAGUGUGGAACUUGUACAAGAUGGUUUCACACGAAGUGUCUUGGAAUGACAGCAGCACAAAUCCCAAAUGAAGAUAUCCCUUGGUAUUCUAAAGACAGCAGACCUGGUCGGGUCCUGGUCCACCAUCUGGAAGCCAUGGAGGGAAGAAGGUUUGCUGACUUAGGAUUGAAACGAUCGCUGAGCACAGAGUGA